CUUUGCAUCCCACUUCCACCCCCUGCAGCGGCCCCUUGGUUACCUUGAAUGGGGGGUCCUGGCCUCCUCGUCCUAUGGGCAGGAGGUCGGCCCUCGGCCAAGCGGCUUAAGCCAAAUGUUCGCUCUACAGUAGUUCGUUGCGCUUUGAUUUGGGGCGUUGUCAUUCGUCGUGAACUCUGGUCUAUUGGUCUGCGUUUCACGGCUGGUCUUGUAGGGACACCCCCUUUUCUGGUUAUCGGUGGACGGCAGCGAGGGGGGACGGAGAGCUCUAUCAGAAAAGAGGGGUUAUCUACGUGCGGGAACUUGGAGAGUCCAGUCGAAGUGGAAAAACCCGGGGAGACAUGUUUCGAGUCGCGGACUGGACCUUCGCGGCUUGUGUUCUGCUCUGCGCGGCCCACCAGCUGCCGGCCCAAGUUUGCGAUUAAUGUGGGGAGCUCGAGUUCGGACUUGGCGCUACAUUUCAACCCUCGCUUCUACGAUUACACCGCGGGAGGACAAAACUCUAUCGUGAUGAACUCGGCGCCCGGUGGAUCGUGGGGGAGAGAGCAGCGAGAGUCCCACUUCCCCUUCAAGCGGGGGGAGAAGUUCACGAUGUCCAUAACUCACAAUGGCAACUCCUUUGGUAUAAAGCUGCCUGAUGACCGUGUGAUAAGUUUCCCAAACCGCCUGGGACGAGACUCUUAUGACCAUGCUGCGAGCUGGGAGCCACGGUCUUCUUGUGCCCCCAGACGGCUGCCAGGUGACCCCACUGCGUUCCGUAGGCGUUCCCACACGGAGACCCACCCGCCCCAGCUCCUGCUCCGCUCUGUUUGCUUGGCCGUAGCCAUGGUACCGGCGCCGGGCAGCUCCAGCACAAUUAGAGCUGCUGACUCCAAUAAAACCGGAGGGCAGCGCUCUUAAAAUUGUCACCCGCUGCCCUCUCCCCACCUCGCCAACUGAGCGGAGGUCCUGGAAGACCACAGGAGAAGGUGGGAGACUCACGCAACAGCAGAAUGUGUUUUCCCAGAAAAAUGUUUUCAACUUUGGCUUUUCAUGAGCAGUAUUUUAUAUUUUAUUGGUACAUAUUGGAUACUUGUAUGGAUGAGGCUUCACAAAGACAUCUUGAAAGAAAUAAAGGUGUUCUUCCCCCCGCUA